CCAGCAGCACAGUGCCAAGCCUGGGUGAGAUGAACUUAUUACCAUGAGAACAAGGUUAUUUUGUCCAGCAGAGCAGGUGCUGCGAUGCCUGCCAGAGGAAGGAAUUGUCUGGAAGACACAAAAAGAAAUAUAAACCUCAAGAGUUUGAAGAGGAUCCAGAAGUGGAUGGUUCAGGCUACAGUGAGCUGAUGCCCCAGAGUGAGGCAGAGGAGAUGAGGAUGUUCCAUGAGGCCCUGUUGAGGAGUGAGAUGGAGGCUGUGCAACAGGAUGACUUUGAAAACAUAGAAGCAAACAGUUCAGGUGUGAUGCCUCAAACAGAAGCGGAGGAGCAAGCCAUGUUGCAUGCAGCCUUGAAGCAGAGUCAAACGGCAAAGUGGCAUGGAAACAUCAACACACUGGAUGAUGUAUCUGAUGGUGAUGACAGUAUUUUCAGUGGGGGGAGUUCCGGCAGAGAGAGUGGCAGAAGCUCUGGAACUCUGUGGCAUAGCUCUAUCAACCAGAACUCCAAGAGACAGGAAGAUGGCCAGAUGUCCAGUCCUCAGUUUGGGGACAGCAGCAGUAGGCCCAAUCUAGGAGGUCUGGGUAUUAGAAGUAGUGGAUUUGGAUGUACCGUUGGUGGAGACAGAGGAGCUUCUACAGGAACAGCCUCUCACAUUGGUGAAGGGUCUGCAGGGAAGCUUGAUCAGUUUGAUCGGACUGUGGGAGGCAAGGUGAAAGGAAAGGGUAGAAAAGUCCCAGAACAUGGUGGAAAGGAGGAUAAAGCUUGGGAAUUUGGAGGUUCAAAUUCAGGAACAAGUUUCAAAAGUGACAAUUCUGAUGGUAUUCAGUUUGGAUUUGAUGAUGAGGGAGGAACCGAUGUGAAGGAGAAAACCUUUCAAACUUUCUACAACAGUAACUACAAAUUAGGACGGGAUGAAGGGAAGAAGGAAAGUAGCAAUAUUUACACAGCACAUGCUCAAACAAAGACAACCCAUUCUCAGAAUGCAUCUGGUGGACAGAUGGGUCCAGGACAGACUGCCAACAAUAGACCACAGGUGUCUGGCCAAGAUGGCUACCAGAAGAUUCCACCACAGGCAAAGCCAAAUGUACGUAAAUUUGAAAAAACAUCAACCCAAUCUGACGCAUCUUAUUCCACCACAACUCCGGUGCAUCAGGACUCACUCUACAAAUCUAGUCACAUGACUACUGCGACGUCUGCUUCUGCGUCUGCUGCCACAUCUGCUUCCAUGUCGGCCAUCAUUAAUGAUAUGGAUGAUAUAGAUGAUGUAGAUACAUGUGAAGAGACAAGUGCAGCCUCAUUCAGCUUUCCCUCCUCCCAACCUGCAAGUAGUUUUAGUUUGGACAUACCGUCGGCCAUGUGUAAUAAAGAGAGGAUGAAAUCCUACUACAGCAAGAAGAAAUGAUGUUGGAUGAUAUAGUGAUACUUUACAGGCUGUGAUUUGUAGGAAGAACUUAUGUUACCAUAUAAUGGCUUACUUGACAUCGAUGCAUGCUUGACAAUCUCAUUGAAGCAAACAUCAUUCAAAUAACAUUCUAUGUAAAUGUUUGUACAAAAAUGGAACUUCUAUGGCCAUGAAAUGGGGGAUUUUGCCAUCAGAAAUAUAUCAUGUGGGUUUGAUAGACCAAAAAGAAAUAGAAGACUUUUUAGGAGUUGUCUGAGAAUUUGUUUUGAUUUUUGUCAACUCCAUCAAUGGAUAUACGGAUCCUCUGAAAUGAUCUCUGGUUUGUCAUCAUAGGUCAAGAAUAUUAUCUGGUAUUGUGAACUCCUGUUAUUGUUCGAUGCAUACCUUGGCUUACUCCUCUUGUCAUACUAUAUGCAUGUGUGAUAUAGGAUUGGGUGGUACAGUGUGGUACCUGUUUGUAUUCUGUCAUGGUUCUCAAAGAUGGUUUGUCUGGUCCAGGAUCUACUUGUGCUGGAACACAUUCCACAUUCUCCUACUUCACAUCAUCAACUUAAUGUCGAUAUAUCUGUCAUCUGUGGUUGAUGAAGCUAUGCACCUUAAGACAUAACACCCGCAGAGAGAGAGUGGGUUCCGAAUCCCGAAUGGGGCUCAACCUAACAAAGGUAUUUUGUACGUUACUGACAAAGUGUAAUCCCAACGAUAACAUAUGUGACAUUUGCCAACUUUCUAAAUGACAUUGUGUAUUCAAAAUACCCACAGGUGAACAACUCAAGGAGGCCUUAUACCUUUGUACACUGUCAAUGUAACUCCAAAUAAGGGGCCGUUCAUAAUUUUAGGCUAGGAUGGGGAGGGGGGGUGGUCGAUGAUUUUCAUGGAGAAGCAUGUACAAUGUGAAUAACCCCUCUUAAAAUUUAUGUAUAAAGUAGGUAACACCCCAUGCAUGUCAUGUACAAAAUCAUGUACAAACCCCCCUCCAUUACCACCCCCUUACAUGUGUACAAAAUUGAUGACCUCCCCAGAACAAAAUGGGUGACACCCCCAAAAAAAUUCAGCACCACAUCACCCCACCCCACCAGCCCCAAAGCCAUAAAUUAUGAAUGGUCCCUAAGCAUAUUGUUUUUCGUUUCAAUCAGAAGAGGUGUGUCACUUGAAUAUGUGGUCCACUGUUCACUUGAUUGGCUGGUUUUAAAGGCUGCGGUUAAAUGACCUUGAGUACUGGUGUACGGCAACUAGACACUUAUGUUUCUAUGCAAACUGUAUGAGUGGGAGAUGUUAUUGGUUGGGUAGGGCAUGCUUACCUGUUUCCUGUCAUCAAUGAUUUCCAGUGGUUCAGUCAUAUAAUUUUCACCACUACUUUGCCUUUCAAUUUAUGUAUAGAUGGAUAAUCUUAUGACUUAUGCAUGUUAUAACUAUAACUUUUGUCUUGUGUUUAUGAUGAUCAUAGAUAAUACUAUAUAUAUGUGUAUGAAGACAUGCGGAAUUAUGUCCCUUAGGAAUGUUAGGAUCCUAUGAUUAUGGUCUCAAAUUUUAGAUUUGCCCUGUUUGUCAUAGUGGUGGGCUGAUUAAUUGAAAUAAUUGAAGAUUGGUCGCAGUGACUAAACGACCAAGCAAUCAAUCAUGUUUUCUCAUAAUCGAACACAAACAAUUCUGGAACACUUGUUUGCAAAUUUUUUCACAAGGUUGGUUUUAUCUGUGUCAUUUGCAUUUCAUAAGCACUAUGAGCUUGUUCCAAGUCAAGAUUGAAUUUAUCAUAAAUACUCCAAGAAAUGUAUGUUCCUAGCAUACUAGUCAUUCUUUAAAGAUGCAAUUUGCAAAACAACAACAAAGAACUACAUGGUUUUUUGGGUGUUUUUUUUGUGCAUCAAUUGUGAACCAAUCAUCAAUUAUGAGAUUUUAACCAAUUCCCAACACUAGUUUGUCAGCAUCAUGCAUGGCCUUGUGAAUUUUA